AUGGAGAAGAAAGGUGUUAGUGAAGUGUGGGGGGGUGGGGAUGGGAAGGGAUUUAGAGGUGGAGAGAUUGGUUGGUGUGUGGGUGUUGUUUUUUUUUGGUUGUGUUUUGGGGUGGGGGUUUUGGUUUAUUUUUGGGGGGUGGGGUGGGUGGUUGUGUUGGGGGUGGUUUGGUUUUGUGUGUGUUGUGUGGUUGGGUUUUUUUGGGGGGGGUUUUUUUUUUUUUUUUUUGGUUGUUUUGGGUUUGGUGUUGUGUUGUGGUUUGGUGGGGGGUGGGGGUGUGUUGGUGGUUGGGGGUGGUGGGGGUUGUGUGGGUGGUGUGGGUUGUUGGAUGUGGGGGGUUGUAGGGUGUGGUUGGUGUUGGCAACCAAAUCCGAGGAUCAGCAUCCAGAGCCUGUCCACAAACUCGAGAGGUCACUGCGAUGA